UGGGAAGGCAGCAUAAAGCUGACACUGGGAUCUUAAACUGCCCCAAAUAAACUACUCGUUCUUACAUAUGGCCGUGGUCAAAUAAAUAUACCUAUCAAGUUAUUCAAUGGCUUACAUUAACGUUGAGCAGCUGUUAGCUAGAGAUAUUCUCCCGUUGUGGCAACACGCCUAUUUUUUCCAGUGUUUAUUUUGGGCCUAAACGACGCUUUGGAGCCCUGGCCGUUUUCCUGCUCUGCAGACCCUCUGACAAUGACAGCAACUUCGGCCUUGUUCUCCCACCACGUCGCCCCCAUCGACGCAUUGUUCCAGUCCCAUGGUCUGUUUUCCUUUUUUUCUGUUCCUUACCUGGCGCACUGCAGUCAGCGCAGACUUCUGUUCUUUGUAGCUUUCUCGACAUCUCGAAAGUGGAUGAAACGGAGAAGUGGAUGUCGGCGAUGAUGUGAAUAUUCGCCCGUCUUCCCCCCCGAGCUACAGACCGACGUCUGCCGUCAACCGAUGCGGCCCCUGAAUCCCCGGAAGCCGGGUGGUAUGAUCGGCUUUUCCCCCGGCCAGCUGACGACGACUGAGCUUCCCGUUAAUUCCAGCGGUCUGUUCGCUCACGUUCGCUGAUGAACUCCGAGGCUGGAUCCAAGUUAUGUGAACAUAGUUAAUCUGUUUGUAUAAAGGAUCUCAUCUCGGAAUAUUGCUACAGUACAUCUGUUCCCUGCAUUGCCUGCAACUCACCGAGAGACGGCAGCUCUUUACCUGACAGUAUCCGCGCUCGCGCUCACUCACACGCGCUCACUCUCUCUCUCUCUCUCUCUCACACACACACACACACGCACGCACACACACACACACACACACAACAAUCUAAAAUUCAUGCUGACAGAAAAGUUACUAGAUGUUUAUCAGAUUUUGGAUAUAAGACACACAUUGCUCCAUUUAAGCAAAAGUAUCGCGAUCACCCAACCUUCAAUGGCUGAGCAGCUUUAGCAGUCAAAUGAAACAUUAAAGUGCUAUUGAUUUAUUGGAUUUAUCUGUUUCAUUUUUCUGUCGUGUCGACAGGAAAAUCUGGUGUGAAUAACGCAGAAUAAGAGUAGAGGAAUUGAAAAAAAUCAAGAAGUGAAGAAAGAGGAGGAGGAGGCAAACUAUGAUCCGAGGAUGAUUUCUGCUAAGAAAACUCCGGAGAAGAGUCGUUAUCCUAUCCACUAUCUGGUGUGGCACAACAAACACCGACAACUGGAGAAGGAGCUUGCAAGGAACGAGCAGACCGAUUUAGAGUCCCUGGACCCUCGCGGUCGUACUCCUCUUCACCUCGCUGUCACGCUGGGCCACCUGGACUGCGCCAGGGUCCUGCUGCAGCACGGCGCUGACGUUAGCAAGGAGAACCGCAACGGAUGGACAGUUCUUCAGGAGGCGGUGAGUACCAGAGAUCCGGAGCUGGUGCGUCUCGUGCUUCGUUACCGUGACUACCAGAGGACUGCCAAGAGACUGGCGGGCAUCCCCGUCCUGCUGGAGCGACUGCGCCAAGCCCAAGACUUCUAUGUGGAGAUGAAAUGGGAGUUUACCAGCUGGGUGCCCCUGGUGUCUCGCAUCUGCCCCAGUGACACAUACAGAGUUUGGAAGAGUGGUCAGUGUCUCCGUGUUGACACCACCCUGAUGGGAUUUGAACAGAUGACCUGGCAGAGGGGAAACCGGAGCUUCAUUUUCAAGGGACAAGACUCCAGCGCAGAGGUGAUGGAGGUCGACCACGACAGGCAGCUGGUGUUCUGUGAGACCUUGUGCGUGUCAUCCCUCACAGCGCUCUCGCCGGGCAGGGGGAAGGGCGGUGCCUGCAGCAGCACCACAGCUGGGUUGGGCCUUCUGGGAGUAACCCAGCCCACUGACGAGCAGGUAGCGGCCCGUCUGUCUGCCCCAGUGGUGACCACGCAGCUGGACACCCGCAACAUCGCGUUCGAGAGGAACAAGACGGGCAUCCUGGGAUGGAGGAGCGAGAAGACCGAGACGGUGAAUGGAUAUGAAGCAAAGGUGUAUGCAGCAUCCAAUGUUGAGCUGAUUACCAGGACCAGAACCGACCAUCUGUCAGACCAGAACAAGAACAAGAUAAAAGGUGGGAAGACUCCACUGCAGAACUUCCUCGGGAUUGCAGAACAGCACAUGGGGCCUAAUAACGGGGCUCUGGUGACCCAGAUGUCGUCCCCCGUGGUGACGAACCCCGCUGCGCUGACCGCCGAGGAAUACUUCAACCCCAGCGCGACGACCACUCAGAGGGAUAUCGGCCACCCGUGCCAGCUCACAACCAAGACACAGAGGUUUAAAGCUAAGUUGUGGCUGUGUGAGUCCCACCCUCUUUCCCUGGCAGAACAAGUGGUGCCUAUCAUCGAUCUCAUGGCGAUCUCGAACGCCCUGUUCGCUAAGCUGCGUGACUUCAUCACUCUGCGUUUGCCGCCUGGCUUCCCUGUCAAGAUUGAGAUCCCUCUCUACCACAUCCUGAAUGCCAGGAUCACCUUUAGUAACCUGAAUGGCUGUGAGGAGGGAGCCGGUGUCCGUGCUGACAACGAAGUGGUGGUGGAGGGCGAAAGACAGAGGGACACCCCGAGGACAGACACCCCUUCUCCGGGCAGCGACUCGUCCAGCGUCUCCAGCUCUAGUUCCACCAUGUCCUGUCGAGCCAGCGAGAUUCCCCCGUGUGUGUUUGAGGCCCCACCUGGAUACACCAUGCUAGGAGGCAAACAGAGAGACAGCAUGAGGGAGGAGGAGGAGGAUCUGCUGCAGUUUGCCAUACAGCAGAGCCUGCUGGAGGCUGGCUCCGAAUACGAUCAGGUGACCAUCUGGGAGGCGCUGACCAACAGCAAGCCGGGGACUCACCCUCUGUCCUGCGACCCGAGUCGUGUCGAGAGCACCCCCCAGCACAAGCCCCGCCCCGCCACCAGCCUUUGCUCCACCCCCUCCAAGAAGAAGCCGACCACCUGCAGCUAUGACGAGCAGCUGCGUAUCGCCAUGGAGAUCUCAGCCCGGGAGCAGCAGGAGGCGGAGUUUCGGCAGCAGCAGGAGGAAGAGGAGCUGCAGCGCAUCAUCCAGCUGUCACUCAUGGAGAAAUGAGCCCCUCACCCCACACCCUCCCUCUGAACCAGGUGGUCCUGCCAGGGUGGGGGGUCUGGACUGAGGGGAGGUGGGUGGAAAAGGGCAGGUGUCCACUUAAAAUCUUGGAAAUUUAAAAAGAAAACCAUCUUAGAGGUAACAUCUGAGCUGGCCGUCCCUCUCCUCGCUUCAGCCAGACCCUUUUCCCAUGAAGCCAUGAGGUGGUUGCGUCUGCCCGGCUUCACAAAGCCAGAGACGGGACGCACGCCUGGUCUCUCUUCUGCCACAUUGGCACUUUCUCGACAAGUGCCAGUUUACAACCAACGACACAUCCGGUACAGUUUAACAGGAACUCCGUCUCGAAUUAAUGAUUUCUUGGGGGUGUUUUGCAAGCGUGCGUGUUUGUCUGUGCGCGUGUGUGUGUGCGUUUAAAACAAACCAGCUCAACGCACAGAAGGUCAAUAAGGUCAACUAAACAGUUCUCCUAAAUGUAGUGUGUCAGGCCAACUCACUGCUCCAGCACCUAAUGCACACUCACGCCACGCUCCCGUCAUCACUGAGCGCGUGUGGUUUUCAGUUCUGACUGCAUCGAAGAGCGCAGCGGCGUGGAGAACGCCUUCCUCAUUUGAAGGCCGAUAAAUAAUCAGACUUCCUCAGUUUUUAAUGAAAAUUUUUAAAAUGAUGGACUAAUGUGUUUCUUCUUCUUCCUUUUUUUUUUGAUUUGCACAAAAUCCAGAUGUACUGUACUUGUGGGUGAAGCACAUAUAUGACUGUUAAUGGAUGUUUGAGUUUGAGCACAAAGUUUAAAACAAAAAAGAAACCCAGGCCGGGGUCUAGUUUUAAACCCUGACGCCGGGCUUUGUAAGGAGCACAGUAAUGAUGAGACUCCCAGAUGAACACUAGGUGUGUACUAACUAUACUGUAUGUGAAGUAGAGCAUUUAUUAAUAAAAACAGUAACAGGAAAUAAGGUUUGUACGUGGAUCGUGGGUUAGAGAAGAGUUUUCUCUGUAAAUUUGCUUUUUCUCACCUUUCAUGAGCUGAUGGUUGUUUGUUUUUGUUUUUUUGUGAGUGUGUUUCUGUGCAUUAUAAUAUUUCAGCAUGGUCUGCACCCAAUGGAAGGGGUGGGGGUCUUUUGUGACCUACGGCAAGUUUCACUGAGCAAAGGUUUUUUUAAAAGCUGAAAACUAAAAUCCAGUGUAAAAUCACCCCUUACAUGUUUUCUUAGAAAUUGGCAGGGUGCAAAUGUAGAUGAGCUCUGAGGGACUUGUUUUGUUUUUGUGUGGAGGAUGACGAGAGCAGGGACACCUUAUGCUCUGUUUUUUUUUUUUAAUUUAAAUUAAGUGAGAAAUGUAAAACUUUCACACUCCAGUAUCAGCACAAACUGAGGAUACCACCUUCUCUUUUCCUUCUGUAAUUCAUGGUUCUAAGCUUUCCCGGUUGGGUUAAGAAGUAAAAAAAUGCUCCUUUUGUUUUUUACUUUUUGAAAAAAUGUUGCAAAACGUUAAAAAAAGCGCGGUGUUUUCAUGACGUAUGCUGGGAAGUGAAUUGACAUGAUUUAAAUAAAGGAAAAUCUUUUUUUUUUUGGAGA